AAGUUGAAUGGUAUUGCUCAUGAUGGUGAUGAUCUAUGCAACAAAUGGCUGGCAAAUGCGGACGUUCCUUCUAACAACGCAAUUCAGAGAACCUUAGAGACUACUUUACCUUUCCAAGAGACUAAAAGAUUGAAAGUUGGGAAUGAUUUAGCUACUGUCACAUCUCUGGGUGUCCAAGAUCCUACUGAUAUGGUUGCAUCAGAGAAUGUUCAACAAGCGGAUGUGCCUGUGCAGGUUCCUGAGGGAUCUCUUGGACAGAUUUCGGACAAAGAUGCUACGGCUCCCCAAGACGGUUAUGUAGAAGUAGUGAGUGGGACUCAGGAGGGAGAGGAUUAUGUGGUUAAGGAUAGUCUGAUGGAGGAAGCAUCAAUU